AAUACUAAAAAAUAAACCCCUGAAGUUGAUAAUUUCUUGACAAAGCUGUAAAUUCUAUUUUUUAUCAGAACAGUAAAUUAUAAUUACAUGAAUGUAAUCUAUCCGACAUCUAAUUUAUUUGAUGCCUGCCUUUUAAAUCAAGUUGCACUUUUCCAUUAUUAUUCCAUAACCCAGAUGACGCUUAUUCCAAAUUUGAGGCAAAGUAAUAAACUAUCAACACUCGAUGAGAUGUGACAUAACAAUGGCUGACAGAAUCUUUAGCUCAGUUAACAAUGUAUUGUUUAGUUUAAAUUAAUUUAAACCAAACAUAUUUUACUAAAUUCUAAGAAGCCAAAAACAGCAGCUAAACAAGAUUUUUUUUUUCUGGCAACAUUCGGAUUACUGAUAGAGACUUAGUCCACGUGCACCCUCAGUUGCCGCGCUUUGGCAGUCAUGGCAAGCGCGUGCUCUGCCGGCACGGGUCUGACUGGCAACAACAUUAAUGGCACCGGAGUCACGUCUUCACCGACUUGUAACCAGAGCAUGAUAAAACUCCCUCCAUACACUCCAGAAGCCACAGCAGCCUUUGCAACAGCCAUCACAUUGAUGAUUCUUUUUACAAUUGUUGGCAAUAUUCUGGUCAUCAUCGCUGUUUUAACCAGCCGCUCGCUUAGAGGACCCCAGAACCUCUUCUUGGUCUCCCUUGCAGCCGCGGAUAUUUUGGUGGCCACCCUCAUCAUUCCAUUUUCACUGGCCAAUGAACUGAUGGGCUACUGGUAUUUCCGCUCUGUAUGGUGUGAGAUUUACCUGGCGCUGGAUGUGUUGUUCUGCACUUCCUCUAUAGUACACCUGUGCGCCAUCAGUCUAGACCGCUACAUGUCUAUCUCACGCGCUGUCACAUACGGUGCACAGCGGACGCCCAAACGCAUCAAAUGUGCCAUUUUGGUGGUGUGGCUGAUCUCAGCAGUCAUCUCCUUCCCACCGCUACUCUCCAUGAACAAGAACAAAGGUGGCGGCGAUUCAGAUGGGCUGCCACAGUGUCAACUCAAUGAUGAGCGUUGGUACAUACUGUACUCUACUAUCGGUUCCUUCUUUGCUCCAUGUCUGAUUAUGAUCUUAGUUUACAUGCGGAUCUACCAGAUUGCCAAGCAACACACAAGAUGUCCACCAGGGGAGCCCCGCAAAGAGGUCCCAGCCAUUGCUACAACCCCUCAGCUCAAGGUCUACACGGAGGGUCUACAAAACGGAAGAGAAGAUGAAACGCCCUCUACCUUGCAGAAAAAAACCAGGCCUCCGACUCUGGCCGUGUCCCAAGUGGAGUCCGCCCAGGAAGCAGCGAGCCCCCCAAUCUCCAUCAAACAUCUGCAACCCGCUUUGACAACCGUGACGCCGACCACGCCGUGCCCUUCCCCAUCUCCUCCGAAUUCAUCCGAAAUGGCACCUAAGAAACCUAAAGAGGGGAAAAAGGCGAAAAAGAUCAUAAAACAGCCCGACAAUAAUAACGGAGAAAGCAUGAGCUCGGACUCGGACACAGAGCAAGGUGGAAGGGGGUUAGAGGUCCCUUGCACCCCAGGCGUGACACCCAGUGGCAUCCAUUCUCCCGCAACCAUACAGAAAUACAGAGAUAUGAUUGCCACCGCAAAAGGUGCCAAACUAGUGACCUGGAAGACGAAGCAGGAAGGAACGCCCAACUCCGAACGGCGCAAAGCAAUGGUGAACCGAGAGAAGCGCUUCACCUUUGUGCUGGCAGUGGUAAUUGGCGUCUUUGUCAUCUGCUGGUUCCCUUUCUUCUUCUCGUAUAGCCUACAGGCUGUGUGCCCGGAGACCUGCACCCUGCCAGAGCCGCUCUUUAAGUUCUUCUUCUGGAUCGGCUACUGCAACAGCUGCCUCAACCCUGUCAUCUACACCAUCUUCAACAAAGACUUCCGCAGAGCCUUCAAAAAGAUCCUCUGCAAGAAAACCAAAGGCACAUUCUUCUGAAGCUCCUGAGGUGGAUCAUCUCCUCGGACAACAAAUAUGCGGUUAUUCAGAACACGGACUAUAAGAAGCACAAUAAUGGUGCUGUUGCAUUGUAAACGAAGGGCUUUAUGUGCUGCCCGGUGAACUGAGGCAUUGGAUUCCUGGUAUUUGUUUUAUAAAAUGGGGCUAAUCCAAAAAUAUUUAUAGACUUUGACAAAUCAAGGCUGAACACAAAAGAACUUACUGGGACUAUUGCACACCUGCAAAGAAAAGCAACAUGGAGGUCGGUUACAAAGGUUAUUGUAUUUUUUUUUCUAAGAACACCAGGCCUUGGAGAUACUGCAAACAUGGAUUUCACUAAGUACUUCAGAGGUACACCAUUCAGAAUCUUUACGUACAGCUUUUCCAUGGUGAUUGGUCUACCAAUGCCUACACAACAUUACUUCUGAGGAACAAAGACAUGAAAUACUCCUGUGGAAAUCCUUGCCAGGGGCAAUGUGUAUGAAACAGGCUGACUCAAGUUUCUCCGAUCGAACAUUAAGGCUUCUAGUUACAGAUGCCCCAUAGAUUUUCUGCCAUGCUCUGAUGCAAUAAGGCUCUGUGAAUACAGAACACCUGUCAUGGAUGGAAGCCUUUCUGUUUCUUUGCAUCUUGGACUGGUUGCCAACAGGCUUUAAGCUAACAAAAUGUUAUUAUGAGAACUUAAGAUGUGCAUUCAUAUGAAAAGUCAUUUUCAUUUUUAAUAUGAUAAGACUCUUUGCGUCAUCCAAAAUGACUUUAGACUUUGGUGACUGUAUCAGAUGACACAAACCUCCUGAUUUCACCGGAGGUGCUCUUUCUGAUGUGGUUCAGCACUUUUCUUUGUAUAAAAGAACAAAUGAUCAUUUGUUAGUGUACAUUGAUCUACUGCACCCUAAUUGUCUGAGCAUUCAGCAGGGUGAUACUUUGGGACUAAGGGCUGAUAGCAGUGAUGCUUUCUAUUUCUUUGGUCAUUGUCUUUUUUGCUAAUGAUCCCUGUGUGUGUGUGUGUGUGCCGAGCAAAUGUUGCGAAUGGGUAUGUGUUGUGUCUGACUGCAGUGUAUGUUUGGAAAUGGAUGUUGUGUGUGAGAGGGUGUGCAAAUUCUGUUGUGUGGAGGUUUCUUUGUGAGUUCACAUCCCUCCCUUGAUUCCACUGGCACCAGUUCAACUAUAUAUGUAUGUGCUUGAUAAAUGUGGCUGGUUCACCAUAUCUGCCAGUGCUUAUGAUUCAGCUACUUCUUGUGACAAUUUUUUUUUACAUGUUUUGCUGCUAAACUCGUUUAAUAUCUUCUUAAACCCGAGUUCAUUUCAAAAUAAUAUUUUUAUUGCAGGUCAUUUUGAACAAAUCCUUUUGAGACAAUUAGAAAAUGAGUCAAAUCUAAGAUGACAGCUGUAAAUUAUUGUUAUGUAAAUGAUUUUGUAUUUAUUUAUCCUGCUAUUUCCUAUUGUUUCUCCCCUCUACAUAUGUUCACAUUUCAAAAACAGACAUUAGGAGUUCAGUUCUAGCUACAACAUGAUUAAAAACCCUUCUGCUGUCCUUGUACUUGAUUUUUUUUUAUUAUUGUAUGUGUGAGAAUAUUGCAUUUGGGCUGCAUUCUCAAAAGCUUUGCAACUGAUGGGAUACUGGUAACUGUAUCCAUUUUGCCUCCUGGACUCCUCUUUCUUCAGUGUAAUACUGUUGGUUUUCCACUGCUCUUGAAAA